AUGGAAUCCCGGGUUAAGUAUCUAAAUGAGCUGAUGCUGGCAAUAAGAGGCCUGACUGAUGAUAGUGCCAAGAUUGAUUUGUUCGCGCAAGACACACCUCUAACAAGUGAUCCCAAAGCCUUGAAGAUCGUUAAUAUUCUUGUACAAAACCUGUCGUCGAGUCCAAUAUCUACAGAUGUGUUUUCUAAAUCGCUACGAGCACUCGAUCUACUGCUGCGAAAAAAACCACAUUUACUGAGUUGUCCCUUGGAUUCAAGCAAUAGUCCUGGAAUUUUAUGGCUUCUAAACCAUUUUAUUAGCAUUGCGUGCAUUCAUUGGGAUCAUCCUGCGUAUCAAUGGUCUAUAAAACGGAACAUUGGAAACUGGAUUCAGUUUUACACUUCUUUCGCAAGUCUGGAUGCUGGGCCACUAGUAUCACGCCAUAUUUUUGGUAAAUUAGCUGCGUUCGAAGCCCAAUUAACCAGCGUUUUUAACUCACCACCAGAUAAAGUCUCAUUCAAUAGCUCACUCAAACAGCUGUAUGUUCUUUGUGAUUGGAUCAAUCAGCACGCAUUUCAACAGGGCGUCACUUCCAUCAAUUCGUCUCUCGAGACAAAUCGGUGGGACAAUGUUUUUCAAAGGCUUAUGCGGAUAGUUUCGUAUGUUCUCGAUUGCGUUGAUAUUGACGUGGUGGCACUAAGUGCACUAAAGACUAAGUUUUUGGCGCUUACAGUAAAUUUCGCAGUCGUACGCAGUACUAGAUUUAGUGGCUCACAACGGAGAGUUUAUUCUGAUGCAACAUUCAAGUUUGCAAUUGAGACUUGCGUGGCUUUCAUUUCCGUCAAUGCCCCACCUUUUCAGCUUGAGGACGAUAUCCUGCUGGCAAAGUCAAUUUUGCGUCUUUAUUUGACUGCUAAAGGCGAACCCUCCACUUUCAGUUUGUUUUCAAACUCAAUGCCAUUUGACAAAUGUAAUGAUCUUGCUGAAAGCCCGUCAUCAAUGGGACCGCUGUCGAAAAAGGCCCUUUUAAUAACUCUGUUCGACAUAAGAAGAAAAGAGAGCAUCCAAAAGAAGCCAAGGGUGGCUUUGGAGGUUUUAGAAUCAGAAAAAGAGCUCGUUCAUAAUUGCGCUAACAGCCCUUAUACUCAGAGCCGUCAGUUGGAAGCCCUAAGAAAAGAGGCAAUUAGCAUUCAUUCACCAGACUUUUGGUUAGAAAAGAGAAUCACACUGCUUGGAGAACCGUGUACUACCAAUAGUUCAAUCGGGCUAUUGCUAAAAGAAGUGCGAAGCAAUAUUACACUACACAUGCAGCAGAACAACGUCAAAAGCCUUAUAUACGCAGUUAAUCUGUUAGGAAAGAUUUCCUGCUGCGAGGGAGCUCAAUUGAAAAGAUCUGUAAAAGCGGGAAGUCCUUGCACUUGUUGUGAUAGUACAUUACCCAGCAAAAUUGUCGCAAAAGAAAACCCCCAUAAGUCUGGCGUUGCCUCGGCUAGUAGCACAUACAAGGUGCUCCACGACCAUUUUUUGAGUCAUCCCAAACUUGAUGAAUUUGGCGAAGCUCUCUUAGCCGCUAUAGUCAUCGCGCUGCGACGAAUAUUCACGCAUUUCCGCCCCCCUCCUAUAUUGGGUGACAACGACGCAAAGUCAAAUUCCAUAAGCCCCUUCACUUUUUUCAAACGAGUUUCCUCGGUUCCGAACAGAUACUUGAGACUUUUGGCUGUUCCUUUAAUGUCCAGCUGGUCUAGUCCCUCGCCAGAAAAUACUGAAGAUAAAUACUUCACAUAUCUGGUGAGCUUCCUACAGAGCUUAUCAGUUCAAUCUAUCACUGAAACAGUUCUCAUGUCGUGGGUUCGUCUGACACUUGCGUCAUCUGGAGAAAUUUUUGAUCCUUUGCUGGUAAAGCUGAUUGAUAUAUUCAAUUCCACCAGCAUCGCCGAACGCCGGAUGAUGAAGCAUCAACUACGUUAUGUUUCCUGGCUGAAGAAGAAGACGCCUUAUCGGCUCCUGUCUCCAGUACUACCUCUACUCUUGAAACAAAUCGGUAAGAAUCUUCAAGAGAAAAUGUCAUCAUUUCAAAGGCUAACAGACUUCGUCGAAUAUCCCAGCAAAACAAUCCUUGAAAAUUUUCAAAAGUACGUGGUACCUUACGCAAUAACUCAGUACAAGGAUGAUGUUAUCACCCUGAUAUCUAAAAUAAUGUGUGAUAAUGAUCCUGAAGAGUUACCAGCACAAAAAGAUAAACUUUUGAGGAAAAACAGCCGUGCGAUUUUUGCCGUUGCUUUGGUUAAGCAUUGUUUUUAUUCUGUCGAAACUUUAGAGUCUCUUUUCACCAAUUGCCUACCAACUUUCGAAAAAUCUUAUGUCUCCGCCUACCUGCCUGACUACAAGACACUAGCUGAAGUACUUAAGCUUUUCAAGAAUCGCGAUGACGUCGAAAAUACUAAGGGCGAAAAUGAGAAGAUGGUUUUAUGUGCUUUGAGAUUCUUGCUUACGACAGUUGACCCUCAAGUCCGGCGAACCUCCAAAAUAAAACUACUUGAUGAGUGGACGGAUGAGCAGGAGACACUCUUCCAAAAAAAGCUGCAGGAAAACAUAUUAGGCAUCUUUCAAGUCUUUUCUGGUGAUAUGCAUGACGUUGAAGGACGCACGACGUAUUUUGAAAAGUUGCGCGUCAUAAAUGGAAUCCGAUUCCUCAUUACCAACGCCUCGUUGGAAUGUAUAAUAUCGGCGCUGGCGCAAAUCAGUAUAUGCUUACAAAGCGGACAAGAGGUUCCAGAGGUUUGUGAGAAUGCCUUGAACUGUUGGUUAGAUUUAAUCGGCAGACUUACAGAAGAACAGCUAUCAUCAGUAGUUGACAGUUUUGCUCCUUUUCUUCUUCAAAGGCAUUCUUCAUUCAGUAACAGAGCCAAGAAGGUAACCGAACGUAUCAUUAAGCUGCUAGUGAAUGAAAAAAAAGGCUUAGUGUUGUCUUCUCGGCCUUACAUUACGCUUGCUUUAGUUAAUGCAACGGAGCUUAAGGUUCUAGAAAGACACAGAUCUUUUGCGAGAUCUGUAAAUAGAGUCCUUUACACCACUGACUGGUUCUUAGUGUAUUCCAACAAUCUGAAAAGCAAGAACAAGUACCUGAUUCACCAAACACUAGUUGACAUGAAGGCACUUUUGCAAACAAAAGAGCUAGAAGGCCUCCUCAGAGCCACCUACCAUAACGCUGCACAGACUGACAUAUCUGUCUUGCUGGGUAGUCUGCUCGAUGCUUCUUACAGAUUUCGAAGUGAGGAUAUCGACUUAUGCGAGCAAUGUACAGCAAUAAUUGGAGUGAUAGGAGUCUUGGAUACUACCAAACAUCAGCUUGCUAGGUCAUCAGCUCAUAUGCCUGAAGUCUAUGAUUUUAGUGAUCACGCCCAAACGGUAAAGUUCUUGAUCAGUAUUAUGAAUGAGAUACUCGUACCUGCUUUUUGGGAAAGCGAAAACCCUACCAAACAGCUUUUCGUCGCAUUGGUAAUGCAAGAAUCCUUGAAGUUCUGCGGUCUCAGUUCAUCAUCGUGGGACAUUUUACGACCUGAGCUCUACCCUAAUGAGGUGCGACUUUGGAACAGAUUCAACGAUAUUGCCAGAACGACUCUGUAUCCUCUCAGAUCCUCUUUGUACAUGGCUCAAUCAUGGAAAGAGUAUUUACCUAUCGAAUAUCCAUCUUUCAACCCAAAGCAAGAUUACAAAACAUGGCUGAAAAACCUCACACUUGACCUCUUGAAAACGAGUACAGAUGAAUCUCACCCUCUGCAUGUUUUCGCAUCGCUGAUUAGAGAAGAUGACGGUUUUCUGUCCGAAAAUCUUCUGCCCUACGUUGUUGUUGACAUCCUGAUAAAAGCUGAAAGGGACAAACCGUUUUGCACUUACGCAGAAAACCUUAAACUAGAAUUCAGAUACAUUUUCGAGUACCCUCUUUCUUCGUUAAAUCACUACCAGAUUGAUGCCAUUAAGCGCUGCUACGAGAUUAUUUUCAAAAUACUGGAGUACUGUAAGAAAUGGAUAACCCAAUUCAAACAGUCAUACAGCCGAAAAUAUGGCACCUUCACGAUCCACGAGCAAAAGUAUAUUUUGAUGUUGGAGAGGAUCGAAGCUUUCCUGGAAAUAAACUCAUUCGGAUUGAUGGCACAAAGGUCGCUAGAGACCAGCUCAUUUGAGAGGUCCGCUCUUUAUCUCGAGCAGUCUUAUAGGGCGAGAGACAAAAUGUAUGAUGGAAACGAAGGCCUACUUGCUCAUUUACAGAAGACUUAUGCGGAAAUCGGUGACAUCGAUGCUGUAGAAGGAGUACUCAAGGUGUUCUCAACUGAAAGCGUUGCUUCCAAAAUAGAUGAGCUUCAGUACUCUCAUAAUUGGAACAUGGCGCAACAAUGUUUCGAGGCUCUUGGGCAAAUAACGCAGCCUGUUGAAAAGUACGAAGAUCUGUGCUACUCAGGAAACACAAAGAUGCUAAAAUCCAUGUUCGAUCAUCAGCAGUAUGAGCAGGUUGUGAAAAAGCUAAAUGUGCUGGCACCAGACCGAGAUAGUGCAGUGAGCUCACUACCAGUAGAAUGGAUAAGCGUGGGUCUAGAGAGCGCUUAUUUGAGUGCGCAACCAAAGGAUCUCCAAAUGUGGCUCGAGAGGAUCGAAGGAAUAGAGAGCGCCAGUGAUCCGAUGACACUGCUACAUUACAAUUUCGCUAAAGUUCUAACGUCCCUUUCUGAGGAAGACAAGGAAAAAGCUUUGGACUAUACGCAAAAGUGCCAUAGGCUUAUAGGAGUAAACUUUUUGCCGCCCUCUAACAAUACCACGCUUUUAAAAAUACGUGACAUAAUCCUAAGGCUGCAUGCCUUAAGAGACGUAUGGCUUGUAUCUGACUCAGGAACCCUUCUCCAUCCCAAGACGGACAAUGAAGUACUGGACAAGCGCUUAGAGAAAAUUGGCGCAGAUUUCGAACCCAGGCAUUUUCUUUUAUCAAUACAACGGUCCUACAAUGUUCUCAAAAACAAUGGUAUGAACAAUCCAGAAUUAGUCGAAAACUACUUCAAAAUUGCGCAAAAUUCUAGGAUAAACGCGAGGCCCGAUCUAGCUAGUAGUGCCCUUAUUCAUGCACUCAUUUCGGACUAUCCGUGUGCAGAUUUAGAGUAUGCCGAGAUCCUUUGGUUUGAGGGCGAACAUGACAAGGCCAUAAAGCUUGUGGCAGAAAUUCACCGAACAAUGUCAAACAGCGAAAGGCACCUUCCUCGCGAACGAGCCAAAGUUCUCCUCAAGUAUACGGAAUGGAUGGUACUCUCCAACAAUUCCAUCUCGGAGCAAAUCGUCAAGCAGUAUAAUGAUGUCAUUCGCAUGGAUCCUAGUUGGAGCGAUCCCUACUACUCACUUGGCUUGUACUUUAGCAGGCUUCUGGAGAAACGCAGCGCCGAGGGCUAUACAUCCAAUGGGCGCUAUGAGAGUAAAUCCAUUUCCUUUUUUCUCCUCUCCUUUGAAAAGGAUGUUUCAAGAACACGAGAAGCCCUACCGAAGGUGGUCACCUUUUGGCUGAAUACUGCAAAUGCGUAUGUCGCCGAAACUAACACUUCGAAAAAGGAAGCUAUUAAAAGGUCGAUUGAAGACAUUUGCAGAAAAGUCGAGACGGCUAUCAACAAAUGCCCUAUUUUCAUAUGGUAUUCCGUUUUAACUCAACUUCUGUCAAGAUUGCUUCAUGGCCAUAAGGUAUCUGUUCACCUCAUGAUGAGUAUUUUAUUGAAUAUGACUCUCGAGUAUCCAUCUCAUAUUCUCUGGUACAUAUCUGUGCUACAGAACUCGUCUUCCUCUAGCAGAAGUGCGAUCGGGAUGCAGCUUGCGAGUCAGUUCAGAGAAAAAACCCGUCAAUCGGAGAAAUUGGCUGGUUGCUCUGACGAAUUAGUGACAAACUUGACUAACGUUUGCAUCAAGGACGUCAAAUCUUCGACGAGCAGAUCCGGAAAACUUCUUGACAGAGACUUCGGCUUUGAUCUCAAUCUGGCUCCCUGCAAUAUCGCUGUACCCGUAAGCGCGAAUUUAGAGGUGCUAAAUCCGACAGCAGCUCAAGACUUGGCCAAGUUUCAACCUUUUCGAAGUUUGAUCGCAAUUGCUAAAAUAGGCUCCUCGUACAAGGUUUUUGCAUCUUUAAAAAAACCGAAGAAGUUGAAUUUCGUUGGCACUGAUGGAAGGAUCUAUGGAAUAAUGUGCAAGAAAGAAGACGUCCGGCAGGAUAACCAGUAUAUGCAAUUUUCGACCGCAAUGGAUUUUCUUUUGAGCAAAGACUUGGCUUCGAGGAAAAGAAAGCUUGGUAUAACCACUUACUCAGUGGUUUCCUUGCGCGAAGACUGCGGCCUGAUCGAGAUAGUUCCCAAUGUUGCGACUCUCCGAUCCAUCCUUGUAACCAAAUAUGAUGGAAUGAAGAUCAAAUACAGUUUGAAGUCAUUGCACGAAAAAUGGCAAACUCUUCCAAGCGAUCAGAAACCCGGCUUUUUCAAGGAUUUAUUGUCAAAAUUCCCUCCAGUAUUAUACGAAUGGUUUUUGGAGACCUUUCCAGAUGCUAGUGUAUGGUACAAUUCAAGAAACACGUUUUCAAGGUCUUACGCCGUGAUGGCGAUGGUAGGUCAUAUUCUUGGGCUAGGUGAUCGCCAUUGUGAGAAUAUUUUACUUGAUGUGGAAACAGGGAAAGUACUGCAUGUAGAUUUCGACUGCCUUUUUGAAAAGGGGAAAAGGCUGCCCAUACCCGAAAUUGUACCGUUUAGGUUGACACAUAAUCUAGAAGAUGCAUUGGGAAUAGCUAGGACAGAAGGUACCUUCAAAAACUCAAGUCAGGUAACGCUGCAGUUGAUGAGGGAAAAUGAGGUAGCUUUGGUUAACGUGAUUGAAACCAUUUUAUAUGACCGGAACAUGGAUCACUCGUUACACAAAGCACUCAAGGUAGUUCGGAACAAAAUCAGAGGCAUUGACUCUCGUGAUGGUCUGAUUUUGAGCGUUGCUGGUCAAGUGGAAACUGUCAUUCAAGAAUCCACAUCCGAUGAAAAUUUGAGUAGGAUGUACAUAGGGUGGCUACCUUUCUGGUAG